AUGUUCGUUUUCGGGAUGUCGAUGUGGGUGAUUCUUUUCUGGUCCGUCUAUGCCACACCCCUGAUGUCAUCUGAAAGUCAAUCGGAGGCGACGUCGCCAAGUGUGGCUCCAGGAGCCAUGAGCUCACACGCAAAGCGAACAUUCUUCUGGCCAUGGUAUGAUUUGCACGCCAUUAAGCACUACUGGAAAGACAAGUUUCUGAAACACUCUAAGCAUGCUUUUGGAUCAAAUGCUCUCACAGGCCUAGGAGUGUUUGGGUCUCUUGGCAUGCCGAGUGUGGUCGUGACACCGGCCGCUGGUCUGGCAGGUAAUGCCGGUCUUGGCCUCUCUGGUGAUGCCAACUUGGGUUUGUCGGGUGUUAAUACAGGUGUCGGGCUAGCAGGCAACGCCGGUCUCGGUAUCGAAGACAACGCCGGUCUCGGUCUCGGUUUAGCAGGCAACACUGGUCUAGGUCUAGCUGGCAAUACCGGAGCUGGGUCGACGAGCCUUGGUGCCGUUCCCAGUCUUGUACCAGUUGUUUCAUUGCAAGGAACUCAGGGAGUCUCAAAUUCAAUCCAAGGGCAAUCACAAUCUUCUGGCAGCAAUGGCGCCUCAGCUGGCGUUGGCCUUGGUCUUGACUUAUCGGGCAACGCUGGAGGUGAUAUCGCCGGUUCUGGUCAUGCUCUCUUGCCUUCUGGAUCGACGGGUCUGUCAGGCGACGUUGGUCUUGGCCUAGUAGGUGAUGUCGGAGGCGCAACGACCAGUCAUGAUGCUGUUCCCACUCCUGCAUCAGUCUCCUUGCAAGGUGAAACGCAAGGAACAGUCUCAGAUUCAUAUCAAGGCCAUUCACACUCUUUUGGCAAAAGUGGCGCUUCCGCCGACGUUGGGAUCGGCCUUGGUCUCGGCUCAUCGGGCAGUACUGGAGGCGGUAUUGCCAGCUCUGGUGGUACUCCUUUGCCUGCUGGGUCGGCCAAUCUUGCUGGCACACAGACGGCAUCGACGACCAAAACUACCGAUCAACAAAAUAUGGCUGGAGCCAUCUUCAAAGGAAAUACUGUUAAGUCUACUGGCUCGAAUGCUCCUGGAGCACGUCCCUCGGACGUCGCAGACGCUGCUGCCCUUCAUGUAGGCACGUCUGCUAAUCUGGGUAGCACACAGGGGAGCAAGGGCACCCAUACAGCUCCUCCGUCUGCUCAAAGCUCUGGCACUACUACCACUGAGACGACGACAACAACGACACAGGAGACUGGCGAGGAGACGACUGAUGACAAGACAGUGGGCGACAGCACAGUGUCUGGCAGCUCGUCUGCGGGUGCCGAUACAGUCAAUCAAGCAGAUUCGUCCUUAGUUUCCGGAAAUUCGAAUUCGAAUGGAACGUCGGUCAGGUAA